AUGCUUUAUCUGGGACUUCAACAAGUUGAGCAAAGUAACACAGUCGGCAGAGAACUUUCUAAUACCAUCAGAAAGCUUCUCGGUGGCCAUUGCGUCCUCGUUGAACAGGAAUCUGAAGGUAGGCUCGUCAUCGAUGUAGGAGACCUUCUCUUCCUCGGUGGUGCUGGCGGCAGAGGCAUCCAAAACCUUUGGAACAGGCUCCUUAGAAUUGAUCAACUCCUCCAAAAGCUUUGGAGCGAUGGUCAAGAAGUCGCAACCGGCGAGAGCAGUGAUCUCACCAACAUUUCUGAAAGAAGCACCCAUGACAAUGGUCUUGUAUCCGUACUUCUUGUAGUAGUUGAAGAUCUUGGUCACGGAUUGGACACCUGGGUCCUCCUUACCUUCGUAAGUUUUACCGGUGUUAGCCUUGUACCAGUCCAUAAUUCUUCCAACGAAUGGAGAAAUUAA